AUGAAGAGCCACAUGAAGGAAGGAGAGACACACCAGGCUGAUAAAACGAAGGAACCUAUGUCGGAAGGGACAGAUAGAAGUGAACAAGUAAUUAACAGUCACAGGUUCCCCCUACACAGUGACGUAUCAACACCGAAAAGUGAAUACUACGAAAUGCAAUUACAAAACAGGAGCUAUGAAAAUAAUCCAAAUGCAUACCACUCCUUGUUAACACCAUUUAGUAGUGAAAUUGAAAAAAAUGGGACAAAGAACACAGUUCUUCAUAGUGGGGGAUCCAUAAAAGGUACUAUAUUGAACAAUAUGCAGGGGGACACACUGAGCAGCUACACCAUCUACCAAGGGGGGGGAGAAGAAAUUGCCUUGAAAAAUUCUACGGGAAUUAGCGAAAAUAAUUCCAUUUCUAAUUGUAGUUUCCACGGUGGGAUCAUUUCGAAUGACUUGUCAAAUGGGGACUUCCUCAGACAAGGGGAAAUCACCAAACAUGAUGACAAUGGUAGAAUUGGGGCAUACCAGAAUGGCAUCGCCGACUCCAACCUUGGUUACUAUCACGUUGAGGAAGCUUAUCCAAGUGGUAUGCAUCCCCAGUUUUACAGCAAUGUGAAGAGAUCCCUUAUGUGUGCACACACCCAGGGGGGAGACAAAUCGCAGCGAAACGGUGAUGUUGUAGAACAUUUUGAACCCGUGUAUAUGGAACAGCUAGCCAAACAGACAAGCAGAAAUCUGAUAGAUGCAAAAAAUGGGUUCAAUAGAAAUAAUUUAGUUACGCAGCAGGGGAAAAAAAAGACAAAUCAAGGUAAUAACAACAUGGGGAAUCAUCACCUAUACGGGGAGGUGAGCAGCCCCAACUGCAGCCGGCUCUCCUACGUCAGCAGUCAAGGGAUUAACACAACGUCACAAUGGGACAAUGAUAAACGGACAUGGGAACACACGCAGCAGAGCAAUCCAAGCCGCGGUGGUGUCCACCCAGGUAACAACAACAAAGUAAAAAACGCGAGAUUAAACGAUGGGAACGUAGGAUUGUAUAGGAAGAAAAACCACAAGGUAUUCGUGAAAAAUACCAUCCUUAGUGACGACCACAAUUCGCGCAAGAACUGUGUCGUGAAGAAUACACGCGGGAGUAGCAACCCAAGUAGACAUAACAACAAAAAAAACAGCAGCAAUGUUUUAAAGUUCGUCAUUCCGGUUGGUAGCCUCAAAAGGGGGAGCAGCCCCAGUGGAGGGGUCAAUCCGAGUUACUGGGACUCAAAUGAGGAAAAGAAAAAGGAAAAGGAAAGGAAGGAGAAAACAAAUUGCAAACUCGGCGGGGAUAACCAGAUUACCUUCUCCGCCGCACCUAAGGCGCAUGAAGGGGAAAGAAGCAGCGAUGGAAAUGGGCAGAUGGUGCAACCUGCUUAUUUGUCGCAGGAGGGGGGUGAAGCUACCUGGAGAGGAUUAAACAACGCGGAAGGGGGGUCAAUCCAGUAUGGUCAUUCUGCUCAGUAUGAUCACUCUGCUCAGCAUGGUCAUUCUGUUCAGUCUGCUCAGUCUGGCCAAUCCCAUUACGCACCCCCCUCAGCGCGGAGACCCCCCAACAGAGGCUACUACGCGAAGAAGGGCAACCUGACUUAUAGCGGGCUGCUAACUUCCAUGGUAUCGUCGAUACUGACGCAGCAAAACGAGAGACAGUCGAAAGAGGAGAACUGCUUUAGCUAUGCUUGGAAGGGCAGCGGGUACGAUUAUGCAUUAUUACGGCAGAUGGGAGACGGAACGGAUGGAGAAAAAAAACAGCAAGACGAAAAUAAGGGCGAAAGUGAUUACGAAUUUUCGAGCAAAAUAAUCGAGCAACUGAGGAGUAAAGCAACGAAUGAACAUAUUUUGCAGCUAACCCUAACCCUAAUGAUAUGCAUCUCGGUUCUUUGCAAUUAUGAUCACGGUGCAAUACCCGUUACGUUGGAAGAAAUACAAAAAGAUUUCCCACUGAGCUACAUUGAGCAGUCCCUACUGGGAAGCUUAGUCUACUUUGGUUUAAUCAUCGGGACGAUAAUAGCAAGUGUCCUUUUUGAGCUCCUCACGGCAAAGCUACUAAUCACCAUAAGUACUCUCCUACUCUCCAUAUCGCUAUACAUUUUCAGUCACGCUAACUGCGUCACAUUUAUGUAUAUCUCAAGGUUCAUAAAUGGGUUAUGUCAAGCUAUCCCAGUUGUGUACCUUCCCGUUUGGGUCGAUGAAUUUUCACCACAUGAGAAAGCUACUCAAUGGAUGUCCUACAUACAGCUUGCUUCCAUAGGGGGGACUGUGUUUGGUUAUUUUUUGGGUGGUGUCCUUUCGAAUAGCUCGUAUUCCUAUGGACGUAACAAUAAUGCUCCGCUUUCGAAUGCUACUUUUGUCACCACGUGGAGGUCUCCCUUUUUGAUUCAGGCCUUUCUCCUCCUCCCGCUGUUUCUCAUCAUGCUUUUUAUUCCCUCGGAUAUGAUUAACAUCAGCUCGGGGGGGAGUGCGACGAGCGAGGCCGAGGAGGAGGGGCCCUCCGAGGGGGAGAAGCACGGACGGGGCGCCAACAACGAGCGGUACAUCGGGAAGGAGCGGUAUGUCGGCAACGAGCGUUACAUCGGCAACGAGCGUUACAUCGGCAGCGAGCGGUACAUCGGCAACGAACGGUACAUCACCAACGAACGGUGUACCGACGACACUCACCAAGAACAGUCUGGCGAGGCGAAGGUUCAUCCGCUGAUCCCAGAACCCACUACCUACACACUGGACAGAAGCAAAUCGAGAUCCACGAGCAGACUCUACUACGGAGCAUCGAGUAGCUCUCUCCGUAGAAACUUCAACCGGUCGGCAACCUACAUCAUGGAGAAAAAAACAAACGUCCUCAGAAAAACCCUAAAAGAAGUCAAAAAAUUGCUCAAUAACAAACUCUAUAUAAUUAUAACCCUAGGAAUGAGUAACCUGUACUUUGUAGUCACAGGAAUACAAUUCUGGAUCACCGAGUAUAUGUCCGUUGUGUUAUUAACAGAGAAAAUGAAAAUAGUGACAGUGUCUACUUUAUGUUUCCUCACUUCUCCUACAUCAGGGGUUUGGUUUGGUGGGUUCGUGUGUGAUUUAUUUGGGGGAUACAAAAAUACGAAUUACUCCAGAACGGUUAAGGUGGCAACUGCCUUUGCUAUUUCUGCGUGCAUCUUCGGGAUUUUGUCAGCUCACCUGAACAACUUUGUUUUUUUCUCCAUUUCGCUGUGGCUGUGCCUUUUCACGGGCUCCGCGCUGGUCCCCGUCGCUGUGGGUACGCCUCACCACGGAGAAGCGGCCCUAGAGAGGCUCCCUAGAGAGGCUUCCUAGAUGCUCCUCUCCUGCGUGAACAACCACCAGAAGAGCCUGUCCUCCGCCGUCUCCCAAGUCAUAUACAACGUCUUCGGCUGGUUCUCCGCCCCCUUGCUCUCCGGGAUUAUUAUGGAUAUUAUGCACAAAUACACGAACGACAACCGGCUUGCUCUGAAAGCUGGAUUCACCAUGAUUUUGUACUCCAGUUUCAUUGGCUUCCUGCUGUUGUUCUACGCGAAUUUUUUGGACUUCUCCGAUCGGAAGGAUAACGACGAAACACUAGAGCUGGAAGAGCCGCUGACCUAG